AUGGGCACUACAAUGGACCAUGAAGCUGGGGAGUUUUUGGCUAAUGUGGAAGGCGGAAUCGUGCCAGUGACAUGUCACGAUGAUGUCUUGCGGAUCGCAUACAUUUAUAUGGAUGAGGGGCUGUGGGACGGCCAGGGCGUAUUCGAUGUUGUGGAGAAGCUGCACGCGCAUGGCUGGUCUUUUGGUGAGGGCGAGCUCCGCUUCAACCGUACCUUGGAUAUAUUCUAUCUCGCCCAGAUCGCAGCAUCCUACUACCGCUGGACCUCGCAACUAGAUGGGGACGACCCACUCACCUUCUCAGACUUCGACGCCUUCUACACUGCACACCAUGCUCUCCUGCACCCCACAGCCUGGCGCUCCUACUACUCCACCACAUUCCUUACCCAGCCCACCACAGCACGCUUCUACCGCAUGCCCGACCUCCAGGACCUCCCGGACUCGUCCUCCCCGCUGUGCCUGCCGCGCGAAAAUCUGGUAUCCGAACACGUCCUGAAGCUCCCCCGCUGGGCUUAUACUGUCGGGCGGACCCGCUACAGGCAAACGCUUCUUCCAUGUGACACGAUUACUAAAAUAGCUCUCCGCACGCUUGACGCAGUCUUGACACGCCUACACGCGGCCUACCCUAGCACACCACCCUUUUCAGAAUUACAUGCGCGCUUCUGGCUAGACGAGUAUUACGAACCUCCCAUCGCAGAAUCGAAACAAGAAGCAACAUCUGACCUAUCACCUCGCAAGGACAACCGCAAAGCAUCGGGGCCUCAUCACUUUGGGCUCAAUGUUGCGUCGGGGUUGUAUGAUAUACACAGUUUGGAAGCACAGUACCUCGCACAGGUUUCUUCGGGUAAGGUUGUCGAACCAGAACCUAGCAAGCCCGUGUUUUUCUGGUGUGGGAUACCGGAUGGAGGGACUGCAUUUCAAGCGUUGCAGAGGGGGUGGCAGGAAGAGAUUGGGAGUGAGGAGGAGGUCGAAUUCCUAGCCGCUGUUGCGAUGGAGGAGACAGCUGGACUAGGAGCUGGAGCAAUCAACAUGGAUGAGUUGGACUGUUCAAUCCGGUCACAUAUCCUACUAGCGGUCAUGCAGGCUGCGUUGGUAGAGAACAUGCAAGAGAGGGAGCGUUUUUUGGGAGAGCUGGAAAGGCGGAUGGUGCAAAAGGGGAGGAUUGGCGAGGAAAGAGCAGGGAGUUGGGUUAGGGAGGCCUUGGAAAUUAUGUUGCCAUAUGUGCGCGUGUGGCAGGGCGAAUGGCCUGAUACAGGGGAGAGGGGGGAAAUGCUGCGCCGGAUCUUGGUGGAGAAUCCGCUGCUCUUUGCACGCUGGAAGUUGUCCCCUGUAUUGAAGCAGUUCGCUUUUGACGACGCAAAAGUUGACUGUCUUGGCUGCCACACGGCGUACUGUUAACUAAUGCCAAGAUCCCUCCACCCGAGGAGGUAGUGGUCAACUGCUGGCAUACCCUACUGGAAGGUAUAGUCGACUAUAGUUUGGCACCUACUAUUAGCAGAGCUCGCGGUUCCAGCGAGAUCAUAUUCGAUAUUCUCCUGGAUCGUCGUAUUGGACAAGAAGUUGUCUUUAGUUGACUAAGAACUGAACUUAGUAUAAUGCAUAAAACGACUAUCCUGCGAUAACUUUAGGUAGCUGAAAUGUUUUACACAAGCUUUACCUAAGACAUUCAGUUUUGCAUAGAUUGUUGGAAGUUACAUAUAGCUUUCUUAGGAUAUUAGUGGGAACUGUUUUAGAAUGGAGAGAAGUGCUCCUUGGCUUUAUCUCGGCUGCUUGAGGUGCAUUCCAAAGCUUCCUCCCGUUGUGCGCUGUUAGAUACACCUGGGAAUCUUUUGAAUUGCUGUCAAAUCUCGGGAAGAAACAAUGAAGAACCUAGAUUUCCGACCCUCCAGAUCUCUUUUUCACGAGUACACCAGCCCAGGAAUGUCCGGCUUGGAAUUUUGAUCCACCUGGAUUCAAUCUUCCACAACAGCCGGGAAGUUCACAAAAAUAACAAAGCGUACCUUGCCCCUCCCCGUACCCGUAGCAUUAUAUCGUGCCUGGCUCAGAAGUUAAUGUAUGGUAGCUACGGACUCUAUACUUCUGGAACAUCUCCCGUGCUUCACGCUUCUA